AUGAGUGAAUCUAUGAAUAAACGUAAAUUAAUAGCAGCAAUUGCUGAUGAAGAUACAGUAACAGGUCUACUCCUAGCAGGAAUUGGUCAAAUUUCCAAUGAACCAGGUAAAGAAUCCAAUUUUUUGACAGUUAUUCCAGGUAAAACAACUGUUGAACAAAUUGAAGAAGCAUUCACUGAUUUCACUUCAACUAGAGACGAUAUUGCUAUUUUAUUAAUUAAUCAACAUUUAGCUGAUUUAAUUAGAUAUAAAGUUGAUAAUUAUACCAAUGCAUUUCCUGCAAUUUUAGAAAUUCCUUCUAAAGACCAUCCAUACGAUCCAGAAAAGGAUUCUAUUUUGAAGAAAGUCAGAAGAUUAUUUGGUGAGUAA